CCGUCAACUGUGAAGCGAAGAGUUAACCGCCGGAAGAAGAGCUGCACCACCACCACCACCCAAAUACAAGGAGGCUUGUAAUAACUGGCGUUGGAGUAACGUUGGCAAACACCUUCUUCCUCUUCUCGGUGGAGGACACGGGGCUUUAAUAGGGCGAAGUUGCGGCGCGGAUUAAACAUGUCGUCUUGGGCGAAAUCCUCCGCGGCUUCCCGGCGGCCGACGGCCAACGCGAACCCCAACGGAAGUGCUCAACAGCUGCGCCUGUUCCGGAGAGCAGCGCCGUACCCGAGCCGAGAGGACCGGACCGAGGAGCUCAAGGAUGUCCUGGACAGUUACGAAGAACUAGAGCAAAUCCAAAACUACAGUGGAGGCGUGAAGUACGAGGGGUACAAGCACCCGCCAAAUGCCAAGCCAGACGGCUGCACCCCAGCUGACCGGCGUAAAUCGCUGUAUCAGAAGUUCUACAGACAGGUGCAGGAGGAGAGGAGGCCGGCCGACUGCGUGGUCCUCUCCGUUACCAACCAGUGCCUGGAUUACCCCAAAUCGCUAAGCCUCUGCUUGCAGGAGCGUGGCCUGUCAGUGGAAAUGCUCUACCUUCAGGCGGAAUCGGGCCUGACCCGAGCUCUGCAGGACGUCCGAGCAGACGGCUCCCCGUUAUGUAUUCUGGUGGAGCAGACAAACGUAGUUCUGUCCUCCUGCACUGUUAUCAUAUUCUCAGAAUCCCUCAAAAUCCACCGCAACAUGCCCAAAGACCAGGCCAUGGACUUUGUGGCGGCAGAGUACGGUCGCAGACGCGCCAAAGAGCGCCCGCCCAAGGACCCGGCGGACAGUGCGGCGCAGGCGUCCCAGCUGCUGGAUGACUUCCUGGAGCGGGAGAAGAUGGAGCGCCACGCGAUCCCCUCCGAGACCCGCCAGCUCCUCCUCCUGUUGGCGGAAGGGGUGCACCUCUACCCCGAGGAGCUGCAGAGCCUCUCGGAAUACGUGCGUUCGCGGCAGGAGCACACGCAAGUAUCCAACACGGAGGGGCAGAGAGGGAACAUGUUGCCUCCGGGGCUGGGGAAACCGCCUCCCCUGCUCCCCACGCCACCCGGGCCACCCCAGCCCCAGUCCGCGGCGGACGCCGGCGGGUCCUUGAUGGACCACGCUCUGGCCCCGGCUCCCCUCUUGCCCUCACCAGGAUCAUAUCCCAAAACCAAACCUCCUCCUCUGUUGUCCUUGCAUCGGCCCCCGGGUCUAUCGUUGGGGGCUUCUUCGUCUCGAGGCCCACAGUCCGCACACAACCCUUACGGGGUCCCUUCCUUGUCCCGUGGACCCUUACUCCAUCACCCCCCUCUAUACCAUCCGGGCCCCAGAGGCCCGCUCCUUAAUAGAGUAGCCCCGCCUUCUUUGAAGGGUGCCCGCCCUCCGCUUCUCGCUUCUCCAGGUGCCCUUCUCCCAAGACCGGGUGGCCCGCGACACUAACACACACACACACACACACACACACACUAUUACAAAUGCAGGCUUCAAGUGCCAGAAUUGUUUUGGACAUUUCAGCUAACUCAAGAACAGAAGACUCCUGCAUCUUUCAAUUGUUUGAGUAAAAAACAGAUGGUAGUUAAUGUGAAAUGAUGUAUAUCUUUGCGGCGGAUUGGUAAAGGAGGACAUUAACUAUCUUUUGCCAGGUCUCUCUGUUGUUACUGCUCUUUUUCUUUAUAACGUAAAGUAUAAAGUAAAAUAAAACGUCUUUCCCUAUUUCUAGUUUUCAGUUCUUAUUUGGUAAUAUUGGUUUUGACGAUGGUGACCAGCGGCUCAGGACAAACGCCGAACAUCUAGUUGGAGUUGCUUCAUUCACAAAAUGUCCUGGAUACCAAUGUUCAGCUGGGUAAUCAACCGUUUUCGUUUUUCUGUACAUAAUGCAUAUAAUAAGUAGCCUACCUGUGGUUCGAGAUGGUAGUUGGAGUUGAGGGAAGGAGUUUAUCUCGAUUCCCUAACGGGCGCGUGAGCGGCCCAGCACGUGUCACAAGAGGUCGCUUGUGAUGUUUGUCUGUGACGUGUGAUCGCCGUACCCGAUAAGUCUCAAGAUGACAUGUCACGGAUUUAUGGAAAUCAAAGUGAAGAGAUAUUGGGUCUCAAACAGCUGAAAAUCGAAGCCGUGCUCUGUUUGUUUUCAGAACUUUUUACCCGUCGGCUGAAACUGCAGAUUAAUCUGAUCUUGGUCGUUCACACUCACUUGCAACACGUUAUGACGUCGCUGUAAAUCCGCAGCGGGUCACCGCUAGUUUUUCCCCGAGCACUUGUGUUUGUUACCUCGACCUGAGAAAUCCUUUUAAAAACGUGUUGUAAAGGGAUUACGCUGUGGAAACCCUUCAAGUGUUGCAGAUCCCCUGUUUUGAAAUCGGGCAAGAAGGCGUUGUGUUGCUUUCGGCCUUCUUCUGCGUGUUCAAGUGAUGUUUGAAUCCUCUUGCCUUGUAAACAUGUACAGUAUGUUCACGUUUGGGCUUUGUAUUAGUUUUCUGUGAUGUGCUUCAGUAUUAAUAUUCAACAUGUGUGGUGCUUCUAUUUUUAAAGAAAACCUACUUAAAUGUUCCCCUGUUUUGUGUUCUUUGGUUCACGCACUCUUAUCUUUACUGACUGAUUCUACAUCUCUGAAUCGCAAUUCAUUUGAGGGAUUUUCAGUGUUUCAAUGUGAAAAGUCUGCAAUUUGUUUAUAUAUAAUAAAUUGCAUAUGCCAUCUUCACAUGAAUAUUUAGACCAUUUUGGAUAACAAAUGUUUUCAGUCAAAAGGCCUUGUUUAGGUUUUUCACAUUCUUCCCAAUAUUGUUGGAGCUCUAAAAGGAAAAAAACGUUAUAUUUUUACAGUUAUAUUUUGAACUGUUCAAAAUUACUCAAAUACGUGCAGCCAAUUUAGUUGACAAAUGCGUUUUUCCUACUGUAAUUACAGUCAUAAAUAAACAAUCAUUUAUUUA